UAUAAUUUCAGUUACUUGACAUUCGGUGUGCGCGUAUAGUUUAUACUACUAAUAUAUUGUAACCGAAAUAAUAUAUUUAUUAUUUUAAAAUAUUAACGCCAUCACAAAGUACACGAUAUAAUAUUAACAAAUAAAACAUAAUAUUGUUAUAACUCAAUAUUCAUCAUAAAUCAUAACACGAAUUAUAUACUCAUACCAUAUACAUUAUGUACAGAGAGAUACCAAGGACAGAUAGUAAAGUAGAACGCACUCACAACCCAAGAUGUAAUGCAAAUUUUUUUGAAAUCAUCACACAUAGUUGGAUUUCAAAUCUAUUAAAGAUAGGACGACUCAGAGAUUUAAAUGAAACGGAUUUGUAUACGACAUUAGACGACCAAAAAUCAUCAACAUUAGGCGAUAAAUUGGAAAAGAUAUGGAGAUCAGAGUUAGCCAAUGCGUAUUCGAUGAAUCGAAAGCCAAAAUUGUUGAGAGCUUUGCUACGAAUGUUUGGUGCUAAAUUAAUGCUAUACGGAUUAAUGUUUUGCAUAACCGAAAUUAUUUUCAAUAUGUCUCAACCUAUAUUAAUUGGUGAACUAUUAGCAUAUUUUAAUCCUAAUCAUUCAAAAGAUACGGAUAUAAAAUAUGCAUACCUAUGUUCAUCAGGUUUAGUAUUCAGUAUACUCAUGACAAUUAUCCUUUUCUAUUACACAUAUGAAGAAAUCAUGAACGAAACAAUGAAGGCACGAGUUGCUUGCUGUUCUUUAAUCUACAGAAAGACAUUAUGCAUAAGUCAUAAAAGUUUUGGUGAAACUGCCGUUGGACAAGUGAUGAAUUUGAUAUCGAAUGAUGUAAAUCGGUUCGAUUAUGCGAUACAUCAUAUACAUUAUUUAUGGAUUGGACCUCUGCAAAUAAUAAUAGGCAUAUAUUUUUUGUGGCAGGAAAUUGGUGUGUCCUCAUUAAUUGGAGUAGCUACAUUUCUUUUUUUUAUUCCUUUACAAGGUUGGAUGGGAAAAUUAAUUUCGAAAUUCCGUUUACAAACAGCAAAGAACACUGAUGAAAGAAUACGAUUUAUGAACGAAAUCAUUUCGGGAAUACAAGUGAUCAAAAUGUACACAUGGGAAAAACCUUUUGGAAAUCUUAUAGAAUAUGCAAGAAAAGUAGAAGUUGAACAAAUUAAAGGAGCCACAUUUAUUAGAUUCAUAUGGAUAUCAUUUAAAGUAAUUCAAUCAAGAUUUCAAAUAUUUAUUACCAUUUUAAUCUACGUCUUAUUAGGAAAUAGAAUUUCUUUCAGUAAAGUUUACGUCCUUACAAGUUUCUUCAAUUUGUUGCAUGCGUCAAUGGCAUUUAAAUUUUCUCUUAGUUUGUUGGGAUUAGGAGAAUUAAUUGUGUCAAUUAAACGCAUUCAGCAUUAUUUAUUACUCGAAGAAAAAAAUCCAAAAAUCCAAAAAUCUUAUUUGAAAUCUGAUAAAUCAGUGGAACAAGUCUUUGGACAAUUACUCAUUGCUGAUGACCAUAUUACAAAUAACUGUAAUGACAUUGAAAACAACAAAGAAUAUGUUAAUAGUCUUAAUAGUCAUGGUAUAGUUAUUUUGAACACUUCUGCUAAAUGGACGGAUGUUCAAACUAAUAAUACAUUAGAAAAUAUUAAUUUAACAAUAAAUUCUGGAAGUUUGGUUGCAAUUAUUGGACCAGUAGGAGCCGGAAAGAGUUCAUUGAUACAAGCAAUUUUAAAGGAAUUGCCUGUUUUCAAAGGCAAAAUCUCUGUGAACGGUGUAAUUUCUUAUGCAUCACAAGAGCCAUGGAUAUUUGCUGGGACUAUUCAACAAAAUAUUCUUUUUGGAUCACCAAUGGACCAAGAACGUUUCAAACAAGUUAUUGAUAUCUGUGCACUAAAAAGCGAUCUAGAACAUUUUCCACUUGGUGAUGAAACGAUAGUUGGAGAAAGAGGAAUAACCUUAAGUGGAGGACAAAGAGCCAGAAUUAAUUUAGCUAGAGCGGUGUAUAAAAAAGCAGAUAUUUACUUACUCGACGAUCCACUUUCAGCUGUUGAUGUUAAAGUUGGCAAGCAUUUAUUUGAAAAAUGCAUAAGAAGCUAUCUCAAAGAAAAAGCAUGCAUUCUUAUUACUCAUCAAGUACAUUUUUUAUCUGAAGUUGACCAAAUCGUUCUAAUGGAUAAUGGUAAUAUUAUAAUUGAAGGAUCUUAUCAAGAUAUCCAAACCUCUAUUUUUGACUUUGCGAAAGUACUUGGCCCUUUAAAAGGUACAACUAUUGAAAAUGAAAGUGAAGCUAACAAUAUAAACAGUGAUGGUGCCGAAUCGCGCUUAAUUUCAUCACAGCCUGGUUCAAACGAAAGUAUUUUAUCAUCCAACUUUAAAGCCUUAACUCAGAAACCUAAUGAAAAAUCAGAAUAUCAGUCUUAUAAAUAUGAAUCCAAAAAUGUUUUAAUAUCGUACAUAACUGCUUGUGAGAGUACAUACAAUAUUUUUUGGGGGUUUUUUAUGUGCAUUGUUAUUUUAGCACUGAUUGUCGGUGGAGAUUUUUGGCUUAGCUUUUGGGUUAAUCAGGAAGUAUAUUCAUUUAAUAAUCCAAAAAAUAAAUUUGAUAAUAGUACAUCAGAGCCACAUGAAUCAUCCAACUUAUUAUUAUGGUUAAACAAUUAUCAUGAGUACUAUGUUAUAAUUUAUGCCUUAUUCAUGGUUGCCUUGAUAAUAUCAGUGAUAAUUAGGUCUGCUAUAUUUGUUAAAAUUACAAUGAAAGCCUCAAUUAAUUUACACAAUCGUAUGUUCAACUCCAUUAUAAGAACUACUAUGUUUUUUUUUAAUACAAAUUCUUCGGGAAAUAUAAUGAACCGCUUUUCAAAAGACUUAGGAGCUGUGGAUGAAAUCUUACCAGAUAUUUUUUUGGAUACUUUACAAAUUUUCAUGUUUAUUUUUGGGACUGUAAUUAUUAUUGGAUUGACCAAUAUUUAUCUUUUGAUACCAUCAUUUAUUGUUAGUUUUAUCAUUUAUAAGUUUAGAGCUUAUUAUUUCUAUACAUCACAAAAUGUCAACAGGUUAGAAGCGUCUACACGAAGUCCUGUAUUAACACAUAUGAAUGCAUCAUUACAAGGUUUAACAACAAUAAGAGCGUAUAAAGCAGAAGAUAUUUUAUCACGAGAAUUUGACAAACAUCAAGAUUUAAAUUCCUCGGCUUCACAUUUGUACACAGGUUUAAAUUUCGGAUUCGGAUUUUGGAUAGAUAUCGUUUGUUUAUUUUAUUUAUGUAUUAUUAUAUUCAGCUUUUUAAUAACUGACAACAAUAUUUACGGGGGAAGUGUUGGAUUAGCUCUUACACAAGUGAUAACAUUACUCGGUAGGAUCCAAUGGGGAGUAAGACAAUCGACAGUACUACUAUGCCAGUUGAUAUCAGUUGAUAGAGUAUUAGAAUACACACAUUUACCACAGGAAGAUACUCUUCAACCUAUUAAAGAGCAAUCGCCGGAUAAAGAAUGGCCUUAUUCGGGGAAAAUUUUAUUCGAAAAUUUUAAUCUACGUUACAGUCUAAAUUCACCUUAUGUAUUAAAAGAUUUAAAUAUUCAAAUUCUAUCAAUGGAAAAAAUAGGUAUUGUUGGUAGAACCGGUGCAGGUAAAUCAUCGUUUAUCGGGGCAUUGUUUAGAUUAGCUCUAAAUGAAGGUAAAAUUAUCAUUGACGGCGUGGAUAUACACGAAUUGGCACUCAAAGACCUGAGAUCUAAAUUGUCCAUAAUUCCUCAAGAACCCGUAUUGUUUUCUGGGACUAUGAGAACAAAUUUAGAUCCAUUUGACGAAUAUCCAGAUCAUGCUCUUUGGAAAGCUCUAGACGAAGUAGAACUCAAAAACGUAGUAGAGAAUUUGCCCGACGGUCUUAACUCGAAAAUGUCUGCGAGUGGUUCGAACUUCAGUGUCGGACAACGUCAAUUAGUUUGUUUGGCUAGAGCUAUACUACAAAACAACAAAAUUCUGAUAUUGGAUGAAGCCACUGCCAAUGUCGAUCCACUGACUGAUAAGUUGAUUCAAAAUACAAUUAGGAAUAAAUUUAGACUUUGCACAGUAUUAACAAUUGCUCACCGUUUAAAUACUAUAAUGGACUCUGACAGAGUACUAGUAAUGGAUUUUGGAAAAAUAAUUGAAUUUGACCAUCCAUAUAGUUUGUUAAAAAACACUGAUGGAUUUUUCUACAAAAUGGUAGAGCAAACGGGAAAGGAUACAGCUUACUUUUUACAUAAUGUUGCUUCAGAGAGUUUCAAAACAUUACAGUCGAGAAAGAAAUCUCCGAGCCAUUAAAUCAUUGAAUAAUUGGUUUAAAAAUAUUAUAAAGAUGUUGUAUCAUAUAUUCAUAUAACUAACUUUUUAUUAUUUUAAAUGUUGUUUUUAGUAAAACUUUGGUUUUAUUACCAUUUUUAUUACGAUUAUAUUUUCUCGUUUAUAUAU